AUGUUUUAUUUUUCUUGCGCAAACACCUUCCUAUCUAGGUGCUCCACAAUCCCUACUCAAUCGCAGCUGGCCAAGUCCAUUGAUGAGAGUCGUAUAAAACUACGGAAAAGGGCCAAAGACUGCGAGAACGGUAUCCAAAUAGAGAGACUAGCUCUUCCUGUUGACUUCACAUCUAGCCAAAACGAGGACUUAAGUGCACCAAAAGGUUACAUCACAGUGAAUUUCAAUCGUGCAGGCACAGAGAAACAUGGAGAGGACGGAAAUAAAGACGGGAGCGGUCAAACGAAUGCAAGCGCUAAAUUCGCAAAUAGGAGUGGACAUGAUGCAAGUGCAAAUAAACAUCAAGAUCGCGGAUCAAAUGGGGAUGUAAUUGGCCAAGUUAGUAGCCCAGUUGGGGAUGAGAAUUAUAGUAAGGUGAAUUUCCCUCGAGUAGCCUCUCGUGAAGGAGGCACCAAGAAAGAGUUGACAGACGAGGGCGGAUCACUCAGCAUUGCUGGAAAACCGGAACUGUCGUUUCCUGAUGAUAACAUGGUUUGUGAAAUUAGACUAUUGAGACGAAAAAAAACGCAUUUACUGGGUGCGAGCGGCUAAUU